AUGCUACCUAAUUUAAUUAAACCAGAUAUAAAGCCAAGAUCAUUUUCCCUUAAUAUAAACUAAUAUAGAAUUAGGAAAAACCAAAGAAAAAUCAUUCUCAUUAAUCUUGUAUAAUCUUAGAAAAACUUCACUCUGAGCCUUCAUUUUAUGAAUUAAUAAAAUAGUUCCCUAGAAAGAAAAAUCAUGUUCUUUAUUAAUAAUUAUUGAAAAUAUUGAGGCUUUUUUAAAAGAGGUAGUUUCAAACCAUAAAUACUAAUAAUUUUUUAAAUACAAAAAUUUUCUCGACGGAAAAUAAGUUAGAAAAUUUUUUCAUUAUGCUUCUAAUAAUUUUAUAGAGCACUAUUAUUUAAUAUCAGAUUUAUUUUUGAUACUUUCAUGUUAAAUAAUAAAGUAAUUAAUAUUAAAACAGCUGAAACUGAAACUAAAACAGUUUACGAAAUAAUUACAGAAUUUCUGCUCUAUCAUUAUUAAAAUGCUAAAAAUCGAUAUACAUUUGAAGGAGAUUUUUAAUUAGUACAUAAAUCUGGAUUUCGAUAAAUUAUAUAUGAAUCUUGAUAAAAUAUAGAAAAACAAAUCGAUAAAGAUAUAAAAAGUAAUGAAAAAGUAUUUCGACUUAGAACCUAAAUAUAAUGUUAAUUAAAUUAUACUACUUUGUCAAAACUUUAUUAAAUUGAUAUGCAUAAUAAAAACAAAGAGAUUUAGUAAUAUUUAUAAUAAUAAAAUAAUGAAAAAGGGAGUUUAAUAAAAAAGGUAUGAAAUAAGUCUUUAAUGCAGUUAAACCAAAGGAAUUAUGGUUCAAUUUUUGAAAUAUUUAAAAAAUCAUUAAAAAUAAAUACCUAAAUGUAGAUAGGUGUGUGUUUUCAUAAUUUUUAUUAUUUUGUGAACUAAUUACCUACUAUUCAAAAAAUUAAUCAUUAAAAUAAUAAACAUUAAGAUUAAAUGAUUAUAGUGAGAAAUUUAGAUUAUUCAUUAAUAAAGUGCUUAAGAUUUCAAGCAUUAUUGAAAUUUAUUAAUUAAUAUAAAAUCAAAAUAUCAUUUUAAUCCAUGCAAAAUAUUAAGACAUUCUGAACAAAAUUUACUGGAAUUCAUUUUUGAGAUUCAAGACAUUUUUUAUUGAUGAAAAUUGGAUAAUGAAGGAUUAUCGUUAUUUUCUACUUAUUCUUAAUGAGAAAUAGGCAGUCAAUUUAUAGAUCUAUAUGUAAAUUCCACUAAGACAAUUUUCUUACUCAACGAAGACUUACUUAAAAAAAUGUAAAUAUUAUAUAAUAAAUAAAUAUGAUUCUUAUGAAAGUCAACUUAUUUUUACUACGCAUUAAUAUAAUCAUUAAUAGCUAUCGUUUUAAUAUUUCAAAUCUAGUAAUUAAAAAUUAUUAAUAAUGAUUUCUCAAUCUCCUGGAUUCAAGUUGACUUCAAUGACACCUUUAAAUAUUCAUCACAAAAUAGAAAUUGUUGAAGAUGAGCCAGAUGACUUAGAUUUUGAACAUUCUAAAAUAUCCUUUAAUGAAAAUCUCAUUGUGUGUACAUACAAACCAUGCUAAAGUGUUACGAUGAUAAAAAAGACAAUUUAAAAAUUAAAAGGAUAGCCUAAUGCUGAUUGGGUUAAUCCUAGCCUUAGAAAUGAAGAAAGAAAGAGAGCAACAUCUAUAUUGAGACACUCCUAAUCUCCAACUAGAAUCUCAUCAAUUUUCGUAUGA